CAGGCAUCAGUUACUCGUGUCCGGAGUAAAUGGAAAGAUCAAGUGAAGAAUCAACUUUCAGUGGUCUGAGCAUCAAGCUGAUAUUUGACAAAAAGCUGUGGAAGAACAUAUGAAACACACACAAAACACUAAAACUAAAAAACAUUAAUUGUGAUAAUUGAAAAUUGUGAUAACAGAUAUUCAAGCGAAACCAAAUCAAAUCAAAGCAAGUGCCAAACAUUUAGCCACGACUCUGCGCCAGUAAAGAGCAAAGCGAAGCAAGAAAUCAGUGCAGUUUAUUCCAAAGUAAAGUCUUGAGGGAAAUCAAUCUACAGCACCAUGCCUGAACUCAUCGAACAAAGCAAAGUUAUCUCCGCCAACGGCUGCGGUCUGCCACAGCUGCACAAGCUGCGCCAGGACAACUGCGGUCUGUACAGCCACAUCCGCGGCAUUCCCAUCUCGUACGGCGAUGUCAACGCGCUCACAGCGGGUGUCCGCAGCUUCGUGGAGGAUGGAGUCGCCCUGUGCCAGCCCGACCAAGUGCACAUCUGCGACGGCAGCGAGCAGGAGAACAAAAUGCUCAUCAAGAGCCUGCUGGAGGCCGGCACCAUUGUGGCCCUGCCCAAGUACGACAACUGCUGGCUGGCCAGGACCAAUCCUGCCGAUGUGGCGCGUGUCGAGUCCAAGACCUUCAUCUGCACCGAGCAGCGCGAGGAGACGAUUCCCACACCCGUGGACGGCAUCAAGGGAACUCUGGGCAACUGGAUCUCCCCCGCGGACAUGGAGACGGCCAUUCAGCAGCGCUUCCCCGGCUGCAUGAAGGGACGCACCAUGUACGUGGUGCCCUUCAGCAUGGGACCCGUCGGCUCGCCACUCUCCAAGAUCGGCAUUGAGCUCACCGAUUCCGCCUACGUGGUGGCGUCCAUGCGCAUCAUGACCCGCAUGGGAGCCGCAGUUCUGCGCCAGCUGGCCAAGAAGGAGGAGUUCGUCCGCGCCCUGCACUCCGUUGGAGCCCCGGCCAGUGGCCAGGUGGAACAGCCCUCCUGGCCCUGCGACCCCGAGCGCACCAUCAUCCUGCACAAGCCCGCGGAGAACCUGAUCGUCUCCUACGGCUCGGGAUACGGCGGCAACUCGCUGCUGGGCAAGAAGUGCUUCGCCCUGAGAAUCGGCAGCACCAUUGCCAAGCGCGAGGGCUGGCUGGCCGAGCACAUGCUCAUCCUGGGCAUCACCAAUCCCCAGGGGGAGAAGAAGUACAUCACUGCCGCCUUCCCCUCAGCCUGUGGCAAGACCAACCUGGCCAUGCUGAACCCCUCGCUGGCCGACUACAAGGUGGAGUGUGUGGGCGACGACAUCGCCUGGAUGAAGUUCGACUCGCAGGGCGUGCUGCGGGCCAUCAAUCCGGAGAACGGCUUCUUCGGCGUGGCCCCAGGCACAUCGAUGGAGACGAAUCCCAUUGCCAUGAACACCGUCUUCAAGGACACAAUCUUCACCAAUGUGGCGUCCACCUCCGACGGCGGCGUCUUCUGGGAGGGCAUGGAGAGCAGCCUGGCUCCCAAUGUGCAGAUCACCGACUGGCUGGGCAAGCCAUGGAGCAAGGACUCCGGAAAGCCGGCCGCCCACCCCAACUCCCGCUUCUGCACUCCCGCCGCCCAGUGCCCCAUCAUCGAUGGCGCCUGGGAGGAUCCGGCUGGCGUGCCCAUUUCCGCCAUGCUCUUCGGAGGUCGUCGCCCGGCUGGCGUUCCCCUCAUCUACGAGGCCCGCGACUGGACCCACGGCGUCUUCAUUGGCGCUGCCAUGAGGAGCGAGUCCACAGCCGCAGCCGAGCACAAGGGCAAGGUGAUCAUGCACGAUCCCUUCGCCAUGCGCCCCUUCUUUGGGUACAACUUCGGGGACUACGUGGCCCACUGGCUGAGCAUGGAGAAGCGGGGCAAGGUGCCCAAGAUCUUCCACGUCAACUGGUUCCGCAAGAGUGCCGAGGGCAAGUUUAUGUGGCCAGGAUACGGCGAGAACUCUCGCGUGCUCGAGUGGAUCCUGCGCCGCGUGAACGGCGAGUCGUGCUUCGUGGACUCGGCCAUUGGACACAUUCCCGCGGAGGGAGCCCUCAACCUGGCCGGCAUGAAGGAGCAGAUCGACGAGAGCGAACUCUUCUCGCUGCCCAGGGACUUUUGGUCGCAGGAGGUGCAGGAUAUCCGCACAUACUUCGACACCCAAGUUGGCUCCGAUCUGCCAGCCAGCAUUUACAACGAGCUGGAGCAGCUUGCCACACGCGUUGCCGCCCUCUAAGGCAGCUCUGAGACCCAUCAUGAGAAUUUAUUCACACAUCCUUACCCGCGACCUCCCACACCUGAUCACCACACAUCCUGUACCCAAGCCAACCCACCCACACAUUUUGUACAUUGAUAUACUGUCCCCCCCAAUCGCUUCUCUAUAUUGUAAGCCGAAGACUUCCAGACUAUUUAUUUUAUAAGCGAGUGUUAAGCAUAGACUCUAAGUUGAUAUUUUAAACAAACAAAACCAAAAUAAAACAAAACACAAAAA